AUCUACUUCUCUGUACAUUACAGAGAGUUGGUACUUUGGCGAGCUCGAAUUAUUUUAAUUAUUCGUCGUAAUACGUUCGCAGUACGAGUCGAGUUUAUUAAUAAUCGAUAUCUAUAUUAUUUUCUCAGCGGUGUGUUUCGAUGACCCGAAUGUGUUUCCAAAACAAUACCCGAAAUUUCGCUCCAAAAAAGGAGGGAAAACACAUCGUUAUGUACUUGUUGAUUUUUCCAUAGAUUAAAACCAUGAUUUUAUGAUCGAUCGUGUUUCACAUUGGGGUGUAAUAAUAUUGACCGGAAAAUCAUCGUGGAACUGGCUCCCAUAUGCAGAUCGAAGUGUUUAGAACGAAGGAUUCAUCAUCUUUAGUAUGAUUCAUCCCCAAUUUCGAGAGCUAAAAGUGUGUCACAGGAUGUGUUUUUAUGAUCAAGAGUCAUGACGAUGGACCGGAAUUCGUCCUGACGGUGGUGAUUGGUGAUUCACGGCAUGCAAUGGGAUUGCAAAUGUAACAUCCGCAAUGGCUGUGGAUAGCCAUGAAGACAAUCAUUACAAAUUAGCCAUUGAUAACGCGAAUAACAAUUCGACAAAUAAAGCUCUUCAACGAACUACGAUAAAGCUCGAAAGUCGCGACGACGACGACUUCGGCUUGAAUCCCUUUGCUCACGACAGAAGCACUUCUAGUUUACUUUCUGUCUCGUAUUCGUCCGAUUCGUCGCUACUGUACCAAGGCUCGGCUCGUCGUAAAAACAGUACGAUCUCGAAGGGCAUCGUAUUCGAAGAAUUCAUCUCGAGUUCGGAUCGUUGCAGUCAACUGACGCCCAUCGAUAAAUUACUAUUGAAGAAUAAGGCAGCUUUGCAGAGUCUGCGAAUGAAACCAAACCGGUCGAAAUCAGCUUCAGCGUCGGCUGCUGCUGCCGGAACCGUUACCACCAAUGGCAAAUCUAUCAAAAAGGAACCUAAAUCGCGUAAAGAGAAAGUUCUCGGGUCAAAAAUCGCCGUAGCUAAGAAGAAAGUCGCCAGCGCGGUUAACGAAGCGAAACCUACGACUAAAUCAGCCCCAGCUGUCAAGAAAGCCAGAAAUGCCGCACCUCCUAAGGUAGAAGAGACAACCAAAGUGAAAAGUAGAGCUAAACAGACGCCUCAAGAGACUAAAAAAGUACCAAAAAAAGAACCAGCGAAUGUUCCAGCUGCAGCUGCUACCAGUUCGGUUGCGAGGAAACGUAAAGCAGAUACGACAGAUAGCAAACCGAUAAUGAAAAUUACGAAGAAAGUUAACAAUAAUAAUAACGCUAAUAAAACCGAAAGAUUGACUGAUUUGCGCAGUUUCAAGAACGUUUCACGUAAAACAAGAUCUUUCAAUAAAGUCGUCAAACUUCGCAAUGGAAAAAGUCGAAUUAUACAAGAAUCAAAGAAAACACCACCUCCUAGCUCUCUUUCACGUAGAAAGACGCCACGAAACUCGAAUGCAUCGACAACCGAGUCGGUCGCAAGUGAUAGUAAACCGAAUACACCUUUUAAAAGAGCCAUUAAACAAGAACCACGUGACGAAGAUAUCGGUAUCAAACGCAAAAGAAGAAAAACUCAAGAAAAACCCGCCCCCACCGAAGCACCUACUGCUCCUGUUACUCCUACGGUUGCUGAUACAGUGAAAAAUGUAAUCGAAAUUAAACCUUCGAUCGAAUCUGUUCCCAUUCCAAUCGAAACACCAUCUGCACCAGUUCUGGUCAAAGAAGAUGUCCAAUUGCCGCCUCUAUUGGAGAAACCAAGUGACCUCGAAACACCAGCACCAUCUCUGACGCCGGCUCAACUCGAGCCCGAACCGAACAGAUCCAUCGAAGAUAUCACUGUCAUCGAUGAAGAGCUACCUAACGAUGCCGAAAUGAUGGUCGAAGAAGUACUCAUCGACGACGAAAUCGAAUCCGAACCGAUGACCGAAGACUCCUGUGAUCCUCCUGUUCUUUCGCCAGCAGUUCCGACUGUCUCUACGCUCGAUGAUACAAUCGUCAUAGACUCGUCGGAAGACUCCGACGUCCAAUUAAUAGAAACUCCUCCGGUUAUUUCUCCCGCGGCUCCGGUACCAGUCGACGAUCCACCUCCUAUAAUCAAUAAACCGGACGAUCAAACCGAAGAUACGGCUACGGAAAUUAGCGAAGAUACCGAAAACGACGAAGAAUUCCCUCUGCAAGAAAUCAACACCGAAUCCGAGGGUAUUAUCGAUGAAGAUAUUACUCUACAUUACGAAACAGACGACGAAGACAGUACGGAUAAAGAUAUGGCCAACGAACCUACCGUUGCUGCGGUUGCUACUGCCGCCCAUCCGAUCCAAGAACCCAAAGAGCCGGUUGAAUCGGCUAGAGAGAAAAUUCCUACUCCUCCGGUCACUGAAGUCGUCGAAGAACCGAAAGUUAUCGCGACACCUAGUCAAGAGAAACCUCCUAAACAGCCCGAUACCAAAGUUCAUGAUGAAAGGCCGGAGAAUAAAGCGGUCAAAGAGUCGAUUCUGGGAGCGUUGGGGCUCACGUCGCUGGAGAAAGUGCAGCAGAAAGCUAAAGAAAAUAAUAACUAUACCGGUACUUUGAAAGCAGUUAUUAAAAUUGAUAAAGGGUGUCGAAGAAUGGAACUGAAACCAAAGGAUGCCGGCGCUAAUGUCGAGGGAUCACAGAAUGAAAACGUGUUGUCCUUUUACCAGAAAAUUAUACCGACUAAAGUGGAACACGGUUCGGAUUCCGGAAAUGGUUCGAUGGUUCGAGGUGAUUCGGAAACGCAGGUCGUAAAUGGAAUGGAUUCGGCUUCGUUUAAGAACAAAUGUCACGAUGAUGGAUUACUUUCAAGUUUAAGAGAAGCGAACGCUAGAGCUAUGGAAGCAGAUUAUAACGGUAUGAUCGAUCCAGUCAGCGGUCAAAUAGCCAAAGAGAAGACCAAAGCUGCUGCUUCAUUGGUCGUACCGGAGAAGAGCUCGUCAUUUUCAAUACACCCGAAUAGGCUGUGCUCCGAUGUAUGUAAAUAUUGUUUCGGCAAAUUCGGAUCGUUGGAUACGCCAUGUCACGUAGGCCAGAUGAAGAACCCGGAACGCCAGAGGAAAAUUCUUCUAUGUGAACCAAACCUCAAAUUGGAUACUUGUUUAUGUGACGCUUGCUACAGAUUCGUUGAUCGAAAAGCCAAUAAACCUCCUCAGAAGCGUAGCAAGUCGAGUAAUAUGAGACGGUCGAUUUCUAUAAAUCAACGAAGCCUGGGUCUAUGUGUGAUUCAAAAUUGCACCCAGUUCGCCAGACAUACCGUUAAACGCAAAUGGCUGCUGCGGAUUAGUAAAAAAAUAGCUAAACUUUCAUUCGAUGUCAAUAAAGGUGGUCCUAGAAUGAGAUAUGGAUUAUGCGCUCAGCAUUAUUAUCUGGUGGAUUUCUAUACGUUAUGUGGUAUUUGUAAAAAACGUCUGAAUCGUAAUCACAUGUAUUCCAUUCGAUCGGAGCUGGACGAUUAUAAUGGUAUCCUGAAAGAAGACAAAAUUCCUAUUAAACUGGUGGAUAAUAUGUUAUUAUGUAAAUUAUGUCACUACUACAUGUCAUUGCGACUGAAAUACGGAGAAUCGUCCAGAAUGUCGCCGAGCAAUAGACAAUAUUAUCAGAAUUUCCGUAAAAAAAUUCUAUCAAAUUACAACAUAGAGGUGAGCGAUAGCGAAGACCCGAUUACUUCGGAGUGCUUGAAAUACGAAAGCAGCGGCGGUAUGGAUUCGCUCAAUCAAGGUUGUCAAAUGAUCGAAGAACUAGCCGCUUCAACGUCGUCAUCCAAAGCAUCAGCUACAGCAGCGACUACGACGACAGCCACUUCGUCGGCUCGAUCAGCAAACGUGUCGUCGUCAUCGUCGUCAUCGUCUUCGAAAAAGAACAAUCACAACGUCGGUUUCCGCGACAUAGCCGAUUUGCUAAAACCUCUGGAAGGAGACGGCGAUAAAAACUCGUCGACUCGGAUCCAAGUGAAGUUCGGUAACCUGAACAUAGGCAAAUUAAGCAACCUGAACAUCGGUCAGAAUUCGUCUACACAUCAGAGCGAAUCGAAACACGACAAAUCCGGUAGUAAGGAGCUACCUCUUAUCGCCGAUUUCGCUUUCAAGCCGUCUUCUGCGGGACAGAAGGAUUUGGAGAAAUGCGUCUCGACCAUUCUGUUCGAUAAAGGGACCAAGAAACUAUGGCAAGAUUUACAGAAACCUUACGGUAACCAGUCGAGCUUCAUUAGACAUUUGAUCAUGUUAGAGAAGUUCUGGCGAUCCGGUGCCUUGGUUUUGGCCGGAAACGCCGAUGCCGGAGCUGUCAAGUACAUCAAUAGCGUUAAAAAUCGCAUCGAGUCGUUGGAAACGUCUUCGUCGAAAGAAUCAGCGCCUUCGGCGACCCCUCCGCCACCUGCGGCCACCGUAACUAAACCGCUGCCGAUUUUGAAACCAGCCACGUCUUCGAGUAUGGAGAUUGGAACGUCGACUGUGCAUCACUUCGCCGAUGGAUCGAUCAAAAAGUCGCCCAGCGAGACCACCACCAGUACUUCGGCGAACAUCAGACACACGCCUCCGCCUCCUCCUCCGUUGCUGAAAAUAGACUCGAUGAACGGGAUGCCUUUCGGAGUACCGAAUAAAGUGGUCGUUUCGUCGGCCGAAUCCAAGGUCCAGUACCAUCAUACGCCCGCUGCACCGAAACCGGCGGCUCCUCGAAACGCCGAUAUAUCGAUGCAAAGGUACGUCGAAAUGAUGCAUCCGCAGCCUCGUACCAAACAUUUGGCCCAGAUGACCAACGGUAACGUCAAAGGACUCGGCGUAUCGUUACUCAAGAAACCGAUUCCGGCGAUGCCGAACAUGAAACCGAUCCACAUCGCCAACAGCGGUUUAGCCGAAAUGAUGGCCAACUCGUCAGCCUCCAGGAUAUCGAAAAAAAGCGCUUCCGUCGUUUACCACGGUACCGCCGGUAACGCCAACCUAGCUAAGAGGCCGUACUACAGUUUGCCUCAGCUAACAGCUAUCACAACUUUACCAUCGUCAGUGUCUGUGUCUAGAACAACACCGGUGGAUUCUUCAUCCAUGAUUAUAGCCAAGCUACCGAAAGCGUUGACUGUGACUCAAAUCGACGAGCCGAGAUCGAAGGAUAAACGCUCUCCUGGUGAGAAACCGCAGCUUAUUCCGGCUCCUUUUCUAGCCGGUGAAAAACCUUCGGUAUCGGUGUUUCGAGAAAUGACCAAGUAGUUCGCAGAAGAAGGCCCCUUUUUCAGUACAGUACCUCCUCUACCUUUUUCCUUGGACGCUCCGUAUCUGCGAUCAGGACGGCGCCGCGUUGUUUUGUUUUUAUGAUAUUUUUUCCUUGUUAUCUUGAUUUAGGUUUAGGUGUAUCGAUUUUACACAAUUGAUUAUUUAUUAUUAUUAUUAUUCAAUAUCAUGUUACUUAAAAAUUUUUUUCGUGUUUUAUGAUUAUUUUUUUUUUCUUGGUCUCUUGAGAGUCGUGACUUUUAUAUUCAACAUCGUCGAUCCUUAUUCGAUUUUAUUCAAUUUUCUUUUUUUAUUUAUAUAUUUAACUGUUCCUAAUUUAUUUUUUCGGGUAUUUUUAAUUUAUAUUCUUUUUUUUUCUCUCGUAUUAUCUCGAUGUUGUAUAUUAUUUUUCUUUCUUCUUUCCUUAUUUAUUAUUAUCUUCUAUAUACUUCUUUUUUUUUUUUUCAUAAUAUGAUUUAGGUCAAGGUGACACUUUUUUCCUUCGAUUUUUUUUUCUUUUUUAAGAAUGGAAACUCACUCCUACGGCGUAUGAGUAGUUUAUUAAGAAUGAUUUGCUCAGUGUGACGUGGAAUACAGGCUGUUCGAUGUAAUAACGCGGUGAUAUGUACUAUUUUUUUUUCUUCUUUUUUUUCUCUCUUUUUUUGAUGAUGAUGAUUAUGAUGAUUUAAAAUUAUAAAAUGAAAUUUAUGUAUACCAUUUUUUCGUUGUGUGUAAUAAUAUUAUUACGAGAAAUUAUAACAAUUUUUAUAUAUGGAGUUAUAUAUAUUUGAGAGCUUAUAAUGAAAGACUAGGAUAGUUACGUUUCUUUUUUUUCUUCUUUCUUUUUUCUCUCAACCUUGUGAAAGUGAAGAUUGUUCUCUUGUCUGUAUUGUUAUAAUUACACUUGUUAAUGUAGUAAUUAUAUAAAUUAUUGUAAAGUUUGUUGCGUAAUAUGGAAAAUUUUUAAUAAAGAUGUUAAUGUGUAUAAA